AGGAGGAUUCGCGCACCUGCAUCUCUCCCACUAACCGCUCAUUCACGAGAGGACACCGUCAUCUCCAAAAACUCAAUUUUCGCCACAUGGAGUUUUAUUCUUGUUUUAUUUCUCCGCCUUUAUUCGCGAAAGUUUUUGCCGAAGUGUAAAUGAAGGUUCAGUGAUGUUGUUUGAGACGUAUCACUGAUGCGCACCUCGCGCUCGCUCUCCAUGAAGAACACAUCAGAAUGAUGGAAUAGGCGUUUUACUCUCCACCUUCACAAUGGGAUUAUGUAAACUUUAUUUCCUGCUUUGUACUGUCGGAGUUUUGUAUGUUUCAGGUUUUGGGGUUGACCCAGCAUUAAAUGUGGACAUCUUCCAAGAGUUUGAUCUUGUUAAGUCAAGUGCCGGAGUCUCUCAAGUCCAGGGCUUCCACAAUGACACCAGAGCGUAUCUGUUUGAAGGCUCAUUAAGGAAUGCAAGGGCUUCCCUCAAGGCAGCAGAGCGAAUCCUUAAGAAGUUGAGAGGGAGAACAGAGUUCACUCUUCUGCUGACCCUUAAACAGGAGAAACUGAGCUCUGGAGUGCUGCUGUCCAUCCACUAUGGGGAACAGAGGUUUCUGGAGGUAGAGAGCAACGGUCUACGUAAUGAAAUCCGUCUCUUGUUUCAAACUGCAGACCAGCGGCAGCAAAGAGAGGUCUUCCCCUACAGUCUUGCAGAUGGACAGUGGCACAAAGUGUCUUUUGCAUUCAGUGCCACUCAGGUGGUGCUCCAUAUUGACUGCAACAGAAUAUAUGAAAAAAUUGUGGAGACCCCAUCUAUGGACUUUCCCAGAGGAACAAAUGUCUGGCUGGGUCAAAGAAAUGAUGCCCAUGGGUUCUUCAGGGGUGUGAUGCAAGAUGUUCAGUUGGUGGUCAUACCUCAUGGAUAUAUCAUCCAGUGUCCAGAUCUCAACCGUACUUGUCCAACAUGCAACGAUUUCCAUGGCCUUGUGCAGAAGAUUAUGGAGCUUCAAGAUAUUCUGGCCAAAACAUCAAACAAGUUGGCACUUGCAGAAGAGAAGAUGAAGUACUUGGAUGGCUGUUACUGUGAAAAGACCUGCAACCUAAAUGGAGAGAUAUACAGAGAAGACGAUGCCUGGAUAGAUGGAUGCAGAAACUGCACAUGCUCAAAUGGUACAGUGGAGUGUGAAAGUAUUUUCUGCCCACCACCCCAGUGCCCCCCUGAUACAGCUCCAGUCUACAUGCCUGGAGCAUGCUGUAAAGAGUGCCAGCCUGUCUGUCUGUUCAGAGGAAGGGUUUAUGUGGAUGGGGAUCGUAAAAGCAUACACGACUCUGAGGGAAACUGUCUGCUGUUUGAGUGCAGGGAUCGAAGUAUGCGUAGAGUUGAGAUGGCUUCCUGUCCAGAGCUGAACUGCGCAGAGUCAGAGCAAAUCACACUCACAGACCGCUGCUGCAAAUUGUGUAGAGGGCACGAUUUCUGCACUGAGGGUCACAGCCACAAUUGCGUAGAGAACUCUGACUGCAUUAAUCUAGAGGCAGGAGCUUGCUGCAGCUGCAAGGACGGAUACCAUCCGCUCAGGGAUGACAGCGCUUACUGCCAAGAUAUCGAUGAAUGUGCAGAAGGGAAGCACUACUGCAGGGAGAACACACUGUGUAUGAACACACCGGGAUCCUUCAUGUGUGUGUGUCACACUGGAUAUGUUCGUAUUGACGAUUACUCCUGCACAGAGCAUGAUGAGUGUGCACGUGGAUUGAAUGUCUGCGAUGAAAAUGCUCUUUGUUUCAAUAUGGUUGGUGGACACAGCUGCACCUGUAAACCAGGAUUUGUGGGUAACGGCACUUUCUGUAAAGCGCUCUGUGAGGGCCAGUGUCUCAAUGGUGGUUCCUGCAUUGCUCCUGAUACCUGUGUCUGUCAACAGGGCUUCACUGGAAAGAGAUGUGAGACAGACAUUGAUGAGUGCUCAGAUGGAUUUGUCGAGUGUGACAGUCGAGCCACCUGCAUCAACCUACCUGGCUGGUACCACUGCGAGUGCCGCGAUGGCUACCAUGACAAUGGAAUGUUCUCAGCCAAUGGAGAGUCGUGUGAAGACAUCGAUGAAUGUGAGAUGGGGAGGCACACUUGUGCUAAUGACACUGUGUGCUUUAACGUGGAUGGAGGAUACGACUGCCGGUGUCCACAUGGCAAGAAUUGCACAGGAGACUGCGCCCAUGAUGGAAAAGUGAAACACAACGGGCAGAUCUGGGUGCUGGAUGACGACAGGUGUUCGGUCUGCUCUUGCCAGUCAGGGCUGGUGAUGUGUAGACGGAUGGUGUGUGAUUGUGAGAAUCCCACGGUGGACGUGCUGUGUUGUCCUGAAUGUGAUCCACGCCUGAGUUCCCAGUGUUUGCACCAGAACAGUCUGCUAGCUUACAGAAAUGGAGAAACCUGGGUAGAGAACUGCCAGCAGUGCCAGUGCAUGAGGGGAGAGGUGGACUGCUGGUCGAUAUCGUGUCCGGCAGUCUCUGACUGUGAGUUUACAGUGGUUCCAGAGGGCGAGUGCUGUCCACGCUGCGUUGCGGACCCCUGCCUGGCCGACACCGUCCAAAAUGACAUCACCAAGACCUGCGUGGAUGAGUACGGAGUCACCCGCUUCAGUGGCUCCGCUUGGACCAAACACGGCACUGAGUGUUCCCUCUGCCAAUGCAAGAAUGGUCACAUCUGUUGCUCUGUGGAUCCUCUGUGCCUCUAGUCCAAUUCAAAGGCAAAAUGUAAAAAAAAAACAACAAAAAAAAAAAAACAUAUUGCUAAUGAGUAUCUUAUUUACCAGUAAAAUAUCUGAGAGGCAAAACUGCAUAAGAUAUUAAAGGGUUAGUUCACCCAAAAAUUUAAAUUCUCUCAUCAUUUACUCACGCUUAUGUCAUCCCAGAUGUGUAUGACUUUCUUUCUUCUGCUGAACACAAAUUAAGAUUUUUAGAAGAAUAUCUCACCAAUAUCAGUGAAUGGUGACCAAAACUUUGAAGCUCCAAAAAUCACAUAAAUCAGCAUAAAAGUAAUCCAUGAGACUCCAGUGGUUAAAUCAAUGUCUUCAGAAGCGAUACCAUAGGUGUGGGUGAAAAAACAGAUCAUGUUCACAUUCUUCUUCUUGUGCUUUUUAUGAUUCACAUUCUUAAUGCAUACCACCCCCUACUGGGCAGGGAGAAGAAUUUCUAGCAAAACAUUGACUUAAAUAUUGAUCUGUUCUCACACACACCAAUCAUAUCACUUCUGAAAACAUGCAUAUAACCACUGGAGUCAUAUGGAUUACUUUUAUGUUGACUUUAUGUGCUUUUUGGAAUGUCAGUUUUUUGGUACCCAUUCACUUGAUUUGUAUGGUGCUGAAAUAUUCUUCUAAAAAUCAUAAUUUGUGUUCUUCAGAAGAAAGAAUUUUCAUUUUUGGGUGAACUAUACUUUUAAGACUUUAUUUCAGAAAAUAUAUCAUGAAUUUCCAACAAGUGAUAAAUCUGUCAGCGCUACAAGACAGAAUGCACUUAUUUUUAAAAUACUUUCUCUGAAAGAAAAAGGCCUCAAAAUGUUUUGCUUAUCAGGUAAAUAAAAAAGACAAAGAUACUUAUGAAGAAUAUGUUUUGCGACGUAUUUCUUUCUCUCUUUCUUUCCUCUCUUUACAUUUUUUUUCCUUUCUCUGUACAGUUUCACCCCCUCAGAAGAACAUUUUAUACUAAAUCUCCAUAUGUACUAUACCAUAAACAAUAUACAGACAGCUCAGUCCCUAAAGCACUCUUUUCAGCCCCAUAACAAAAUAUAAAGAAGCAAUCACAGACGACAGCAUCAUUUCAGCUUUGAGCAGUGUUGCAAAUUCGCUUGCCGCAUUUGAAAAUGUGUUCAAUUUCCAUUUAUCAAUCAUCAACAAUUUCAUUGGAAAUCAUGACACAAUAUGAGGUAACAUUUAGCAAAUUUCAUUCAGUUGUCAUGUUUCGAUGGUAAAACUACAUUGAAAAUAAAGGUUAACUUAUUGCUGAUCACCAUUUUUUUUCUUAAUGGGUUCAGAAGACUCCAGACUUGGUUAAAGAACCCUUAAAUUUCAUUUGUAAAUUACCUACAGGCACUACCAGGUGCGGUGUUUAAUUCUUUCAGUAUUGAUGGAUGUUCAGUUUCCUUACCGAGAAAAAAUGAUCUUGAUGUUGUGAAUAGUUUAUUAAAUGUGUUUGUUUCUCAUGUUGUUUAAAAUAUUUCUUUAUUUUUAGGUUUUAUGUUGCACCUUUUGUCAAAUUGAUGUUUUGUUUUCUUCAAUGGCUUGGUACACUAUUGUGUCAUGUGAAAUAAAAGGUUUCCACUGAAAAACAACCA